AUGGCAUGUGAUGCUCGUAUGAUGGACGCCGACGCCAGAGCCGCCACGGUGCAAACUAUAGCUGGGCACAUGGAGGACGCGCUAGAAAUCCAACGAGAAGUUCAUAGUUUAAAAUUUAACUCCCUAAAGAGGAGCCAUGUAACUGAUGUCUCAGGGUUAUGUGUCUCCAAACGAUGGGGCAACUACGUCACGUGUUUGUAUGUGUUUAUUAAGAUGCUCUAUUUAGGCAAUGUUAUUUUACAAGUUUUUAUCUUGAAUAGUUUUCUGGGAACUGAUAACUUAUUUUAUGGCUUCCAUAUUUUGAAAGAUCUCCUCAACGGCCGAGAAUGGGAAGUUAGCGGUAACUUCCCUCGCGUGACAAUGUGCGAUUUCGAGCACAUGAAGUUUAUUCGCAAGUAUUUGAGAGCCACAGAUCUUGCAACCGAUCGGCAAUCGGUGAAGAAGUUCGUCCAUAAAUUCCUUGGAUUUGAUGGGGUAUUUUGUAUGCGAAUGAUAUCAGCUCAUGCCGGUGACAUUAUGGCUACUGAGUUAAUUGUUGCUCUCUGGCACAACUUCAACGAUAGAGUUCGAAAGAGUCCUAUCGAGAUGUUUGAGGGGGGCGUGAGUCAGUCACCAAGUAAGCUUGAUGCAAACUUCAAGACAUGGUUGCUUGGACAGACG